GGUUUCACCGCUAGAUGCAGAUGAGGCGCGCGGGCGCUCACACAGUCACCGGAGAACUGCAGCGAGGAAGCGGGAGAUGUCCAAGCAGUUUGGAGCUGCAGGAUUCUCAGCUACUCUGGCAGCCAUGGCAUCUUCACCAGAUACAGAGAAACCCAAAGAGGAAAUCAGCUUAGACGAGCUCUCUCUAUACACAACCCCUCAGCAGAAAUUCCACUAUGUUGAGCCGGAGAAAGGAACGAUGGAGGAGAACAUGACCACAGUCAGAGAAAUGACAGAGCCUUAUAUUACAUGGUGUCAGGGAGUCUACGGAGUGGUGAAGCCCAAAGUGGACAGAACAGUUCAGUUUGGCAAAGACAGUUCUGAGUAUUUAAGAAAUCCUCCUAAGGAGUUUUAUCCCAGAGCCGGAGUGAUCGGAUUCGCCGGAAUCCUUGGCCUUUUCCUGGGGAGAGGCUCCAGGAUGAAGAGGUUGAUUUAUCCGACAACUUUGAUGGCUGUUGGUGCUUCUAUGUACUACCCUCAAGAAGCAGUCACCAUCGCCAAGAGUACAGGUGAUGCCGUGUAUGAAUUCACACUUCAGGCUUAUGUCACUGUUGAAAAGCUUGUUACAGGAAAGUCUGCAGUGAAGCAAGAAGACAAGAUGAUGAAGACAGAGAUGAAAUCCUCUAAUGGAGAAACGAAACAAUAGUGACAGAAAAUGCAAUAACAGAGCUUCCGCUUUUGCACUAGCCACGCCCCUUUACCGUCCAUCACAGCCAAAGGGGUGUGGUCAAAGUACGUUUAAACUUGAGAUUCUGGGCGGAGCCUCCUGAAACGCUAUUUUAAUGUAUAUUUGUGUACAAAUGCAAAUAAAUCCACUUUAGACAGAA